AUGAGCAGCACAUGGCAGGAUCUCGCACCGCCUCAAGAAAGCCCUGACCAUCCGUCGCAGUCUAUACCAAACGCCGCCUAUCCUGAGGCCCCGUACCAGCCGGGGAGUGGAUUCCAUGGAGAUGCCAGCACACCGGCAUCGACAAGCCUCGCAACUUCUGUAACCGGAAACAACACCACGUCCUAUUCGGCAUCAUCGACUGCCUCUCCAAACCAAUCGGCUGCCCACACUGGGCCGUCGUCGUGGCACCAAACUGCAGUGCUGUCCACUUCUAUGCCAGACAGCCCGCCGCCGCCCUAUGUUCGUGACCAACAUUCAAGUCCUUACAUAACGGCACAGACACGGCCAGCAUCCCAUUGGACCGGCACGCAGAGCAACCGGCGGGUUGAGCAACCGGAUUCUGUCCCAUUGCAAAGACUACCACCAGCAGCAUCAUCCCAGUGUUACCGGGAACGAUCAGCAGCAUCCAUAGCACAACACGAUCAACUGCCGUCGGCUUAUACUACUGGAAGUGGUAGCAUCACUGCAUCGACGCGAACCGUAAAACUUGGCUCGGUAGCGGAGGCACGGCGGCGUCGAAGACGACGUGUUAUCAUCUGCCUCGUCCUCCUGGCCGCCGUCAUCGUCUUCGUGCUGGCCCUGACCAUAGGAAUCGCUCUAGGGGUCUUAAAAAACACGGCACGGGACGAUAGGAAUAACGGCCCGGUCGUGAAAUAG